UGCUGUUGUUGGUCCCUCUUCCUUUCUCUCAGGCUUUCCACACAGCAUUUGUUGGGAAUGAAAUGAAUGAAUGAAUGAAUGAAGACGAAUUUUGAAGGGGAAAAAAAAUGCCUUUUUCAUUGAACAGCCAUUGAUGAAUCACAUCAUAGUCUUGGAAGCUUCUGUUCUUUCUCACAUGGUUUGAAGUUUGAUCAGGAUCUGUGUGUUCUUCAUUCCCCUUUUCCAUUUUUGAGCUUCAGAACCAUGCAUAUAGGUCAAACAGAUACAACUUCAGUGAAAUGUCUAAUCAACAGCAUAUCUCGAUUCCUUCAUCUGGUUUCUUGCCAAAUCGUGAAGCCUGCGCCUUUUCAGAAGAUCUGUCAUAAUAUGGUCGGGGUGUUAAAGCGACUGAAGCCAGUGCUUGAUGAUGUAAUGGACUACAAACUCCCGUUUCACCAAAAUAUGUCUAAAGAGUGUGAAGAAUUGGAUGUGCGGAUCAAUGAAGCUAGAGACUUCAUCGAAAAAUGGGGUCCAAAGAUGAGCAAGAUUCUUAGUGUUAUUCAAAGCAGCACAUUGUUGAUUAAGUUGCAGAGCACAUCACUUGACAUAUGUCACAUGAUAGUUAGAUCCCUACAGUCACCUCCGUCUGCUUCGGUUUUGGCUAAUCUUCAGAACUAUAUCCAGGAACUUCAGUGCCUCGAGAAGGAAACAGCAAUGGUUUAUAUAGAAGAAGCACUAAGAAACCAAAGAGAUAAUGUUCAACCUUCCAACGAGCUUCUGAAGGAAAUAGCCGAGUUACUAAAAUUGACCUCAAAUGAGGAGCUCUUGAAAGAAAGUAUCGUCGUGGAAAAGGAAAGGUUGAAUGCUGAAGUCAAUAAAAUGAAAGGGGACUUGGAUGAAAUCAAUGAAAUUGUGAAUCUUGUCCGCAAUUUACGCGAUUAUGUAAUGAGAACUGAGUCUCUUGAAGUCAAAACCGGUCUCUCAAUCCCUCCAUACUUCCGCUGCCCUUUAUCAUUGGAACUCAUGAUGGAUCCUGUUAUUGUGGCUUCGGGUCAAACAUAUGACAGGCAAUCAAUCCAAAAGUGGCUAGAUAACGGGCUAAAUGUUUGUCCCAAGACUCGUCAGAAGCUCAAUCAUAUGAAUCUUACUGCCAAUUAUACUGUCAAAGCUAUGAUUGCAAAUUGGUGUCAGGAAAACAGUGUUAAGCUUUGUAGUAACUCGCUGCUCGAUAAAUCUUCUUGUAUCACAACCCCUGCAGAUCAUUCAUUGCCUCAUGAUUUAGCUAAUAAAUGUGGUUUCAAGUCUAUGAAUAUCGAUUCCAUCUCAAGGUCAUCUCUUCAAAAUGGAAAUGGAAAUGAGAAACCAAAGGCUGAUAAUUUUGUCAGAUCAAGUGAAGAGUAUAAUGGAUGCCGGAGCGGAACAGUGGAAAGAUGUGAUCAGCAAUCAUCCGAUGUUCACAGCAGAAGUGAAUCAUCAUUUUCAAGUUCAAUAUCUAGUACUGAUUGCAUACUUCCAGUUUCAGGACAGGCAUCCGGAAUAUCCGAUAAGCCGCAAAAUGUUGACAAUGUUGUUGGGAACAAACAAAGUCCUGCAUCGAGAAUCCAAGGGACGAGAAAUGAUAAUCUUAUUAUGAACAAUAAUAACAUUAAUACUAGUGCUAAGCAAAAUGAUUCAAGAGUUGAUUCACAUCCUAUAUUGAACUCGGGGGCUGGUGAAGUGGCCACUUCAUCUCAUGUUAAUAAGUUGAUUGAAGAACUUCGCAGCCAAUCAGUUGAAGUGCAAACCAUAGCUGCAGAAGAAUUGAGGCUUCUUACAAAGAAUGACAUGGAAAACCGAAUUAUUGUGGGGCGGUGUGGGGCUGUUGAGCCUUUACUUUCGCUUCUGUAUUCGGACAUGAAGAUAACACAAGAGCAUGCUGUGACAGCUCUGUUAAAUUUGUCAAUCAAUGAAGAUAACAAGACUUUGAUUAUGGAAGCUGGAGCCAUAGAACCUCUUAUCCAUGUUUUGAAGACAGGAAAUGAUGGUGCUAAAGAAAAUUCUGCGGCAGCACUAUUCAGCCUCUCUGUAAUAGAAAACAACAAAGAAAAAAUCGGCCGAUCCGGCGCAGUCAAAGCCUUGGUGGAUCUUCUUGCCUGGGGAACUCUUAGAGGGAAAAAGGAUGCUGCUACUGCUUUAUUUAACUUGUCAAUAUUUCAUGAUAACAAAGCUCGAAUAGUUCAAGCUGGAGCUGUGAAGUUUCUGGUUCGGUUGAUGGACUCUGCGGAUGGAAUGGUUGACAAGGCUGUUGCACUUCUGUCAAACCUGUCAACAAUUCCAGAGGGCCGGAUAGAAAUCGCAAGGGAAGGAGGCAUCCCCUUAUUAGUUGAAAUUGUUGAAACAGGUUCACAUAGGGGAAAGGAGAAUGCUGCUUCUGUUCUGUUACAGUUAUGCCUUCAUAGUACCAAGUUUUGUAUUCUUGUUUUGCAAGAAGGAGCUGUACCUUCCCUAGUUGCAUUAUCUCAAUCCGGUACGCCGAGAGCCAAGGAAAAGGCACAACAACUUCUCAGUCAUUUUCGCAAUCAGCGUGAAGGAGCUGCUGCGAAGGGAAAAUCAUGAUGGCAAAUUUUUGGUUAUUUCAAAUCUCAUUACCCCAUUUUUAUUGGCUUAAAUUGAUCUGUGAUGAUCAUGUUCCCCCCAUAGCUGUUGUUGAGGACUCUAGGACUUAUUUGAUUGCAUUCUGUUUUUCUCAAUUUUUGAAUGUAUCAUUUGUGAAGCUAUUUUCUCUUUUCUUGGGGUGGCUUAUCAUUUUUUGGUAUUAUUUUUCCCCCUUUUAUAAUUAAGGGCUUUAAUUUUCUUUCUAAUAUUUGGGAGUUUUGCUUAGGAGGAGGUUAGGGUACUUUUUCUCUCAAGAUUUUAGCUUUGAAGAUGUAAUCUAUGACACUAUUCUACUCUAGAUCAUAACAGAUGUGUGUACAUAUUUUUGUAUAUAUACUAUAGAUUCUUGUGA